AUGUCUAAUAGAAGCAAUUUGAAGCCGUUGCCACGUUGCCUCGUGCGCCGUCCGCUACAAUUUGCGUCUCCCGCUAAGGAGACGCAAUAUCGUACUGAGAUGGACCGUGUGCAGCAAUUUAUUCGCGCACAGGUUGAUGGUCUUGACGAGGUGUCAAGUCAAUUGCUAGGUGUGAAUGAUAGUCGCACGCGUUGUCACUACGAGGAGAUUCAGGAAUUUCUGGAGCGCAAGCAGCGUUUUGAGCAGCAGCAGUGCCGACGGCAGCAUGCUCAUACGACUGCUGAGCACGUGCUCAUUCGCGGCCUCGACGAAUAUCUUGAUGAGUUGGAUUCCAGUUUAUUCGAGUACGCGCCAACGAUAUCUGAGCGUCUAGUUGUCACCAAUCUACCAGUGCAGAGCAGCUACAUUCGUCGAAAACAGGAAGAGGCAAAGCUGGCAUGUUUUCGGGUCCAAUGUCAGACUGUUGAGACUGAUAGCUGCGUAGUGUCUUGCGGGGGUCCGCUUAAGCGUUUGCGAGUGAUGUGA